AUGAUAGUGGAGGUAGUAGUUAUUAUUAUGAAAGAGAUUGAGUUUCGAAGUGAUGUUUAUGUUGAUGCGGAUGCGAUUAAGGAGCUUAAAGGGAUUGCUGAUAGGAUGAUUAGGUCUGGUUAUGAGAAAGAGUGUUGUCAAGUGUAUUGUAGUGUUCGGCGAGAUGUGUUGGAUGAGUGUUUGUCGAUUCUUGGGGUUGAGAAGGUUAGUGUUGAGGAAGUGCAGAGGAUUGAGUACAAGGUUUUAGAUGAGAAGAUAAGAAAUGGAUUCAGUUGGGUUAAUUUGAGGGUUUUAUAUUUGGUUUCAUUUAGGUUGAAGGUAGACAUUCCCGUAUAUCACGGUUGGAUUAUAGAUCCACAGGAUAUCGAAACUUCAAAUGCCAUUGGCUCAAAGUCGUAUGAUACGCUGAUGGAGGAUCUUACGGAUCUACAAAUUCGAAAUAUGAGAACUCUUUCUAUGAAUACUAGAGAUCCUGAGAAUCAUGAAAGUGAUGAAGUAGUGAAAGAAACAGAUACGUCGGGUGGUGAGUGUAGCGGAUCAAGGAUCAGGCGCGAUGGUGAUUGGGUAACUUUCGGUGAAUCAACGUCAAAUGAAGCAAGCUCAUCUGCAGUUAAUAUCGUUCGUGGAUCAGCGAUAGAGAUGACGGAAAUUAUAUCCGGUUCUUCAACUUCAACAUCUAACGAGAAUGAAGAUGAGGUUGGAAUUACUGCAAGACAAGGGGAACUGAUAAAAAAACUUUCUCGACAACAAUGCGAGUCAGUUAACUGUGCAUGGCUUAUAUUGCUUGAUAGACGGUAUAAAAGAUCGCGAACUUUGUGUGUUAUUUCGCAAUGAUCACUUCAGUACGAUGUUCAAGGUUGG